UGCUGCAGCUGUCACCAUUUCAUGGCAAUAGUUCUCCCGCUCAUUUGUAACGACAGGAGCUGAAAUUCCAAUCGAUCACGGGCUUAUUUUAUCACCAAAAGCCACCCCCCACCCACUUCGACAGAAAGGGGAGACGGGGAGGGUUUUUUCCUGAGCCAAAUACCGAAGUGGGCAGCACGUGCUGUUCAUAAUACACUCAAGCAACAUCUCCCUCCAGGCAUUUUUUUCUCUUUUGUUUUUCUUUUCAGUAGCACAAACUUAUUCCGAUUCAUUUUAAUAGCCGACCCGCCGGUUGAUUCGUGCAUUAGUUUACAACAAGAGGAUUCCCCCUUUCAAACUUUUGCACCAGGACGUCCGGUGGCUGGCGGUGUGGUCGGUUGGUGUGCAGGCAGGCAGGGCAGGAUAGGCUCCAGGCUGACCGUGUGUGUAGUACAGUAGACUAGAAGCUGCUGUAAGAUAGAUUACUAUUUUGGUACAAAGUCACAAUGAGUGCACGCGGUGAAGAAGCCGGGGAGAGUUCAGGGACCGGGACCCAGGAGCCGGAGCCUGCGGCGGCUGCAGAGACUCCGGCCAAGCGCAGACCGGGCAGACCGAGGAAGCCUGUUAAGGAACCUACUGGAGAGCCCGUCCCUAAACGACCAAGGGGUCGUCCCAGAGGCAGCAAGAACAAAUGCCCCUCCAAGGCAGCUGCCAGGAAAGCCCAGGCCUCUGGAGAGAAGAGACCGAGAGGCAGACCCAGGAAAUGGCUCUAUGCAGCUCUGUGUAGCUCUAUGUAG